GGCCAGAGCUAAAAUAAUAAAAUGCUGAGCUCACUGUUCCCCCACCCUCUCCCCCGGCACCGGCUCCUCUUGCUGCCCGGACGGUGUUCCAGCAGAACAGACAGACAGACCAACAGCAGGGGAGGUGAGAAGGGAGGUGGCCACCAGGACUGGCUCCGUGAGUGCCACACAGUGGCACAGUGGGAGGGGGUGGGGGCCAUCAUGUCAUCGUAUCUAAAGGAACUGGAAAAAUACAGAGACAUAGAUGAAGAUGAGAUCCUAAAGACCUUGAGCCCUGAGGAGCUAGAACAGCUGGACUGCGAGCUACAGGAGAUGGACCCCGAGAACAUGCUCCUGCCAGCUGGACUAAGACAACGUGACCAGACAAAGAAGAGCCCAACGGGGCCGCUGGACCGAGAGGCCCUCUUGCAGUACCUGGAACAGCAGGCACUAGAGGUCAAAGAGCGUGAUGACUUGGUGCCCUUCACAGGCGAGAAGAAGGGGAAACCCUACAUCCAGCCCAAGAGAGAAAUUCCAGUGGAGGAGCAGGUCACUCUGGAGCCUGAGCUGGAGGAGGCGCUGGCCCACGCCACAGAUGCUGAGAUGUGUGACAUUGCAGCAAUUCUGGGCAUGUACACACUGAUGAGCAACAAGCAGUACUAUGACGCGAUCUGCAGCGGAGAAAUCUGCAACACCGAAGGCAUCAGCAGUGUGGUGCAGCCUGACAAGUACAAGCCAGUGCCAGAUGAGCCCCCAAAUCCCACCAACAUCGAGGAGAUACUGAAGAGUGUUCGAAGCAAUGACAAGGAGGUAGAGGAGGUGAACCUCAACAAUAUCCAGGACAUCCCGAUAGCCAUGCUAACUGAGCUGUGUGAGGCCAUGAAGACAAAUACUCAUGUCCGGAGCUUCAGCCUGGUGGCCACAAGGAGUGGUGACCCCAUUGCCAAUGCGGUGGCUGACAUGUUGCGUGAGAAUCGUAGCCUCCAGAGCCUGAACAUCGAAUCCAACUUCAUUAGCAGCACAGGGCUUAUGGCUGUGCUGAAGGCAGUUCGGGAGAACGCCACACUCACUGAGCUCCGAGUAGACAACCAGCGCCAGUGGCCUGGUGACGCGGUGGAGAUGGAGAUGGCCACCGUGCUCGAACAGUGUCCCUCCAUUGUCCGCUUUGGCUACCACUUUACACAGCAGGGGCCACGCGCUCGGGCCGCCCAGGCCAUGACCCGGAACAAUGAACUGCGUCGCCAGCAAAAGAAGAGAUAACACUACCUUUCCCUUUACCAACUAGGGCUUGGAGCCCUGAAAGCUUAAAUCCUCAUCUGUCCCUCCUUUCCUGUAAAUAAAGGCCCUACUGUCCACUC